ACGGUCCAAUGGCCGUGGGGCAGGGCACGCUGAGCAAGCCGCGGCGCCCCGGUCGCGUCCCCGCCCUGUUCCCGGUCCCGGGUUCCCGAGCUGGGCCCUGCCGCCUUUAAAUGCCACCCCGGGCCGACGCACUGCGGCCCUUGCCACCGUCCUCCCUCCGCCGCCGCCGCCGCGACCUCCGCGCCGCUCGCCUCCCCUCCCUUCCCCCUCCCGGGCCGGCGGCCGCGCCAGCCUCGGGCGUGCGCGCGCGCCCGUGUGAGCGCGCGCCCGGCUCGGACCCGCGCCCGCCGCCGCGUCCCCGCCGCUCGCUGCAGGAACAUGGCGGGGUCGGUGGCCGACAGCGACGCCGUGGUGAAACUGGAUGAUGGGCACUUAAACAACUCCCUGGGUUCUCCAGUUCAAGCCGACGUGUACUUCCCACGACUGAUAGUUCCAUUCUGUGGGCACAUUAAAGGUGGCAUGCGACCAGGCAAGAAGGUAUUAGUGAUGGGCAUCGUAGACCUCAACCCAGAAAGCUUUGCUAUCAGCUUGACCUGUGGCGACUCGGAAGAUCCCCCUGCAGAUGUGGCAAUUGAACUCAAGGCUGUCUUCACAGACCGGCAGCUCCUCAGAAACUCUUGUAUCUCAGGAGAAAGGGGUGAAGAACAGUCGGCGAUCCCUUACUUCCCGUUUAUCCCAGACCAGCCAUUCAGGGUGGAGAUUCUUUGUGAGCACCCACGUUUCAGAGUAUUUGUGGAUGGACACCAACUUUUUGAUUUUUACCAUCGUAUUCAAACAUUAUCUGCAAUUGAUACCAUAAAGAUCAAUGGGGACCUCCAGAUCACCAAGCUUGGCUGAUGUUCAGAGCGCUUCUAUUUCAAAUCCGAUCAGGUGCCACAACUACAUGACUGUCUGAGAGAAGUGUCCUAGCAAAAUCUGGAGACUUAGAAAGAAAACAAAAACGAAAGGCAG